AUGGGGAUGAGCAAAACGGAGAUCAAUUUGCGGAGAUUGCUUUCCGUUGCACCUAAUCAGCAAAAUCAGUCAAAGCUUACGCAUUAUGUUGCUACUUUGAGGGAACUAUUAGAACAACUCUCCCAAGAGAAGACGACACCUCAAUGCCUUCCCACAGUUACAAAGGCUGCUAAUAAGGUUAAUGAAUACUAUGAAAAGAUUGAAGCAAUAGCUGAUCAAGUGCCCGACGCAGAGGUACCUGAUGAGUCUUUUGCAAAGGGCUUUACCAACGAAAGCUCUUCAAAGAUAGAAGACGAUACUCCAAGCCCCACUUCGCCACAGCUGAGAAGAAGAAUAGUGUCUACAAGUUCCAUGGAGCAAUGCUAUGAUACUUUUGAUGCUGAUACAUCCAAACCAAUAAAACUAGACUCUGCAGCUCAAGCGCACAUUGACAAGCAGAGAAAGCUUCAAGAGGAUCUAACUGAUGAAAUGGUGGGACUUGCAAGACAACUCAAGGAGACAAGUCAAGCGAUAAGCCAAUCUGUGCAAAAUACAGAGAAGAUACUUGAUUCUACCGAGGAGGCCAUUGAGCAAAGCUUAGCGAGCACAGGACACGCAACCAUAAGAGCCACAAAGAUAUAUUCACAAAGCUCAAAGACAAGUUGCUUCCAGUGGCUCUUGAUCUUCGCCAUGACAUGUGUGUUUAUAAUGGUUGUCCUGUUGAUCCGAGUCACAUAG